GUUUAUAACAAUGGGAAUAAAAUUUAAAGUUAGCGUUUUAAUAUUGGCUGUAUGUAAUAUAGUUUGCGGGGAGUUGCCUGAAUAUUACUUUAAAAGUCAUAAUGUUGUUCCUGACGUAAUAGAGAGAUGGCCCGAUACCAUGGCUUCGGUUGUGUAUUCAAACCGUGCGGUAGCAACGAAAGGCCACGAGCUGACUCCGUCGCAGACGAAGACGGCACCUGCGGUCAAAUGGAACGCUUUUCCACAGUACUACUACACGUUGGCUAUGGUCGAUCCUGAUGCUCCAUCAAGAGUAACCCCGAUCUAUCGCGAAUGGCUCCACUGGUUAGUUAUAAACAUUCCCGGGGACAAUGUGGCCGCAGCUGAUGUCAUCGCCAACUACAACGGGCCGUCCCCGCCCAAAAACACUGGUCUACAUCGUUAUGUAAUACUGGUAUACAAACAACCUGGCAGAAUCAACUUCAAUGAAUUGUAUUUGGAUGAUACGAACCCAAGCAAACGCGCCAAUUUCAGCAUUGCAAAGUUCGCCAGAAAGUCCAAUCUCCAAGUGCCUCCAGUCGCGGGCGAUUUCUUCAUGGCCCAGUAUGAAAAUAAUAAAUAAUUAAGUUAAGAACAUAUUAUUUCAUAAGUUCUUAAAAUAACCUCUUAACUCGAUUCCUUUAACUAAAACACACAACUUUUAUACUGCGAUAUUUGAAAAUUUUAUUUGUAAUCCGCCAAAAACAACAUAAGUAGGUUUUUGUGGGUGGCGAAACUUCUUCAUUUUUGGAUGUCCAAAGGUUUCGGAUAAUAAAAAAUAAUCCCAGAGAUGACCACAACGGAGAGGAACGUAUAUGUUUCCAUCUUCCACACAUAUAAAAAUACGUGCUGACGAUCGCAUUGUUCUCACAUAGAAAUUUCGCUCUUUAUGUCGCUCUCUCGCAAGUCGCGCUCAAUCGUGCUAGCCCAUUUUCAAUUUCCACUGUUCACAAUUUGCCCUUUUAAAAUUUCUCCCAAAAUAUCCGGGACCAAUGAUUUACAUACCUAUAUAGCUUUAUACACGAUGAAACAAGGUAAGACAGCAAAAAGAAAUUACAUAAAAUAAGUUAAAAAAUAAAUAAGCAAUACGUUUACAUACUAUGACUAUUAUUCCUGUCCAUAGACUUAUCUAA